ACACAGUAUAAAUAUGACUUGUGCAAGGAGCCCUUCAUACCACACUCCAACACCUAUUCAGCUCAACACACAACAAGACCAGAAGCAUCACCAUGCUGACUCCGAUGUACCUCCUGCUGAUGCUCACGACCUGUUGCUUUACACAGAGUACUGUCGAGGAGAUAAAGGAAAACAUGAAAUCCUAUGCCAAGGGCUAUGUCAUCCAAUACUAUGUGCCUUAUGUUAAAACACAACCCGAUGAAGCUAAACUGAAGCUGUUGAAACACCUCGAGGACAACCUGCUCCUAAUAACUGGUAUGGAUGACAAGGAGGGGGCUGAGGGGAUGGAAACGCUGCCAAAAAGUCUAAGUAAAGUUUCCAAAGACAUUGAAGAACAACUUGGACACAAAAUAAGAGGUUUGUCGGCUACGGUUGACAGUAACGACGGCCUGCUUGUCUCCAAUCCUCAGAAUCUCAUGAAGGCAGUUUCCAGAGAUGUAGAGGACAGUCUGGAACAUAAGAUCAGAAGUUUGUCGACUAAGGUUGACAGUAACGACGGCCUGCUUGUCUCCAAUCCUCAGAAUCUCAUGAAGGCAGUUUCCAGAGAUGUAGAGGACAGUCUGGAACAUAAGAUCAGAAGUUUGUCGGCUAAGGUUGACAGUAACGACGGCCUGCUUGUCUCCAAUCCUCAGAAUCUCAUGAAGGCAGUUUCCAGAGAUGUAGAGGACAGCCUGGAACAUAAGAUCAGAAGUUUGUCGGCUAAGGUUGACAGUAACGACGGCCUACUUGUCUCCAAUCCUCAGAAUCUCAUGAAGGCAGUUUCCAGAGAUGUAGAGGACAGUCUGGAACAUAAGAUCAGAAGUUUGUCGGCUAAGAUUGACAGUAACGACGGCCUGCUUGUCUCCAAUCCUCAGAAUCUCAUGAAGGCAGUUUCCAGAGAUGUAGAGGACAGCCUGGAACAUAAGAUCAGAAGUUUGUCGGCUAAGGUUGACAGUAACGACGGCCUGCUUGUCUCCAAUCCUCAGAAUCUCAUGAAGGCAGUUUCCAGAGAUGUAGAGGACAGCCUGGAACAUAAGAUCAGAAGUUUGUCGACUAAGGUUGACAGUAACGACGGCCUGCUUGUCUCCAAUCCUCAGAAUCUCAUGAAGGCAGUUUCCAGAGAUGUAGAGGACAGUCUGGAACAUAAGAUCAGAAGUUUGUCGACUAAGGUUGACAGUAACGACGGCCUGCUUGUCUCAAUCCUCAGAAUCUCAUGAAGGCAGUUUCCAGAGAUGUAGAGGACAGUCUGGAACAUAAGAUCAGAAGUUUGUCGACUAAGGUUGACAGUAACGACGGCCUGCUUGUCUCCAACCCUCAGAAUCUCAUGAAGGCAGUUUCCAGAGAUGUAGAGGACAGUCUGGAACAUAAGAUCAGAAGUUUGUCGGCUAAGGUUGACAGUAACGACGGCCUGCUUGUCUCAAUCCUCAGAAUCUCAUGAAGGCAGUUUCCAGAGAUGUAGAGGACAGUCUGGAACAUAAGAUCAGAAGUUUGUCGACUAAGGUUGACAGUAACGACGGCCUGCUUGUCUCAAUCC